AUGGCCCAGCAGGCCAGCGUUGGGGAGCUGCUGUCCAUGCUGGACUCCCCGCUGCUGGGCGUGCGUGACGACGUGACAGCGGCCUUCAAAGAGAGCCUCAGCUCUGACCGUGGUCCGAUGCUUGUGAACACCUUGGUGGAUUAUUACCUGGAAACCAACUCUCAGCCUGUAUUGCACAUCCUGACUACCUUGCAAGAGCCCCAUGAUAAGCACCUCUUGGACAAAAUGAAUGAAUACGUGGGCAAGGCCGCCUCUCGGUUAUCUGCCCUCUUGCUACUGGGCCACGUCGUGAGGCUGCAGCCGUCGUGGAAGCAUAAGCUCUCUCAAGCACCUCUUUUGCCUUCUCUACUAAAAUGUCUCAAGACGGACACCGACAUCGUCGUCCUCACUACAGGGGUCCUGGUGCUGAUAACCAUGCUCCCAAUGAUUCCACAGUCGGGGAAGCAGCACCUGCACGAUUUCUUUGAUAUUUUUGGCCGUCUUUCGUCGUGGUGCCUGAAGAAACCAGGCCACGUGACAGAAGUCUAUCUCGUUCACCUCCACGCCAGCGUUUACGCUCUCUUCCAUCGCCUGUAUGGGAUGUACCCUUGCAACUUUGUCUCCUUUCUGCGUUCUCACUACAGUAUGAAGGAAAACCUGGAGACUUUUGAAGAAGUGGUCAAGCCAAUGAUGGAGCAUGUGCGAAUUCACCCGGAAUUAGUGACUGGAUCCAAGGACCAUGAACUGGACCCUCGAAGGUGGAAGAGAUUAGAAACACAUGAUGUUGUCAUAGAAUGUGCCAAAAUCUCUCUGGACCCUACAGAAGCCUCAUAUGAAGAUGGCUAUUCUGUGUCUCACCAAAUCUCAGCCCGUUUUCCUCAUCGUUCAGCCGAUGUCUCCGCCAGCUCUUAUGUUGACACACAGAAUAGCUAUGGGAAUGCUACUUCCACUCCCUACUCUACUUCUCGGCCGACGUCAAACGCGCCCGGGCAGCUACCUCCGGCUCUGAGCUCCCUGUCGACACGGCUGUUAGCUGAGCCGCCUCAAGCUACUCUUUGGAGCCCAUCUGCGGCUUGUGGGAUGACCACCCCUCCAACUUCUCCUGGAAACGUCCCACCUGAUCUGUCACACCCUUACAGCAAAGUCUUUGGUACAGCUGGUGGGAAAGGAACUCCUCUGGGAACCCCUGCAACCUCUCCUCCUCCAGCCCCACCCUGCCAUUCGGACGACUACGUGCACCUUUCACUCCCGCAGGCCACGGCCCCCAAGAAGGAAGAGAGAACAGACUCUGCAAGGCCCUGUCUACACAGACAGCCCCAUCUUCCGAAUGACAGAGGAUUAGAAGAGCUGCAUGGAGGCAAGGGAUCUGUCACUCUUAGUGACCUUCCAGGGUUUUUAGGAGACCUGGCUUCUGAAGAAGACAGUAUUGAGAAGGAUAAAGAAGAAGCGGCCAUAUCUAAAGAGCUGUCUGAGAUCACGACGGCCGAUGCCGAGCCCCUGGUUCCUCGAGGAGGCUUCGACUCGCCCUUCUACCGGGACAGUCUGCCGGGCUGCCCGCGGAAGACCCUCUCAGCCUCCUCCAGCACUCAGGGCACCAGUGCGAACUCUGAGCCUUUAAACUCCUCCCUGGACAAGCCGGGGCCUGACACACCAAAGCAAGCCUUCACACCCAUAGACCUGCCCUGCGGAGGCACCGGGGAGAGCCCUGCCGGGAACAGGGAGCGCCAGGCCUCCCUGGAGGCCAGCAUCCUCACCCCCAGCCCCUGUAAAAUUCCACCUCAGAGGGGAGUGGGGUUUGGCAGUGGGCAGCCUCCCCCGUACGAUCAUCUUUUUGAGGUGGCAUUGCCAAAGACUGCCCAUCAUUUUGUCAGCAAGAAGACGGAGGAGCUGCUGAAGAAGGCAAAGGGAGGCGCAGAAGAGGACGUCCCGCCCUCCGCCUCCCCCGUGGAGGUGCUGGACAGGCUGGUACAGCAGGGGGCCGACGUGCACAGCAAGGAGCUCAGCAGGUUGUCUUUACCCAGCAAGUCUGUUGACUGGACCCACUUCGGAGGCUCUCCUCCCUCAGAUGAGAUCCGCACCCUCCGUAACCAGUUGCUUUUACUGCACAACCAGUUACUCUACGAGCGUUUCAAGCGGCAGCAGCACGCGCUGCGCAACAGGCGGCUCCUGCGCAAGGUGAUCCGGGCCGCGGCUCUGGAGGAGCACAACGCUGCCAUGAAAGACCAGUUGAAGUUGCAAGAGAAAGACAUCCAGAUAUGGAAGAUUAGUCUGCAGAAAGAACAAGCCAGGUACAGUCAGCUUCAGGAGCAGCGAGACACGGUGGUCACCCAGCUGCAUAGCCAGAUCAGACAGCUUCAGCACGACCGGGAGGAAUUCUACAACCAGAGCCAGGAGCUACAGACGAAGCUGGAGGACUGCAGGAACAUGAUUGCGGAGCUGCGCGUGGAGCUGAAGAAGGCCAACAGCAAGGUGUGCCACACCGAACUGCUGCUCAGCCAGGUGUCCCAGAAGCUCUCAAAUAGUGAGUCGGUCCAGCAGCAGAUGGAGUUCCUGAACAGGCAACUGUUGGUUCUUGGGGAAGUCAACGAGCUGUAUCUGGAACAGCUGCAGAACAAGCAUUCGGACACCACCAAGGAAGUAGAAAUGAUGAAGGCUGCAUAUCGGAAAGAGCUAGAAAAAAACAGGAGCCAUGUCCUCCAGCAGAAUCAGAGACUUGAUACCUGUCAGAAACGGAUUUUGGAACUGGAAUCUCAUCUGGCUAAGAAAGACCACCUUCUUUUAGAACAGAAAAAGUAUUUAGAGGAUGUCAAACUCCAGGCAAGAGGACAGCUACAGGCUGCAGAGAGCAGGUAUGAGUCCCAGAAGAGGAUCACCCAGGUGUUCGAACUGGAGAUCUUAGAUUUAUAUGGCAAAUUGGAGAAGGAUGGCCUCCUGAGAAAACUUGAAGAACAGAAACCGGAAGCAGCGGAAGCAGCGGAGGAAAGGCUUGACUACUGUCAGGACGGCUGCUCAGAUUCGGUGACAGGGCACAACGAAGAGGCCCCUGGCCAUAACGGUGAGACCAAGCCCCCCAGGCCCAGCAGCGCCCGGGGCGGCGGUGGCAGCAGAGGCGGCGGCAGCAGCAGUGAGCUCUCUACCCCAGAGAAACCCCCCAACCCCAGGGCGGGCCCCUUCAGCAGUCGGUGGGAGAUGGCGGUGGGCGAGCCCGCUUCCGGCACCCCCGCGACCGUGGGCUCGCUUCCCAGUUCAGAGAGCUUUCUGGGCAUGAAGGCGCGAGAGCUGUUUCGUAACAAGAGCGAGAGCCAGUGCGACGAGGACGGCCUGACUGUCGGCAGCCUUUCCGAGACCCUAAAGACAGAGCUGGGCAAAGACUCGGGUGUGGAAGCCAGGGCCCCCCCAGCCCUCGAUGGCCCGCUGCCGCCUGCCCCAAAGCCGGACAGUGUGGGCCAGCUCCGCAUCAUGGACUACAACGAGGCCCAACUCGAGCACAGCUAG